AUGUUUUUUACGGAAUCCAGAAUUCCAAAAAGGCCUUUACAUGACAAUAAUAAUGGUUCUUCUCACUCAAUUUUUCAACGAAAUGACUCUUCAGAAAAUUUAGUCGCACUUCCACUACCAAGUAAAAAUCAGCACAUUGGAAAAAGAAUUGUAUCAAAAUUGUUGACUGAAGGUGAGAACGUUUUAUCAAAAACUCAAUUCAACGCUCGCCCUAGCAGUAAUGAUGAUACGAAAAAAAGAUCAAUCACGAUUUCUGGACGUUCUGGGUUGGAUAUUGAUUCUAAUAAGGUAAAUGUUACAAAAACAAGUUUACAACGUUCGAGUACUGUUGUUAAUUAUGAAAAUAGAAAGGGGUCGUCAGCAAAGAUAGGAGAAUUUGAGAGUAAGCUUCUUGGCUCUCCUAAUUCUGGAUCGAUAGAAAAUAUGACAUGCGCUGCAAUGUUUGGAAAACAAUAUCUUCUUAUCGGCAAUGAAAAUGGGCUGAAUGUAAUUGAUUUUUCUAUUAAUUCCGAAUUGAUUAAACCAAUACCAUUGAUCAGAGGUUGCUCUUUUAAAAAAAUGCAAAUAUUAGAUGAAUAUGGGAUUAUGAUUACAAUUGCUGGAAAGAAACAGAUGAUUCGAAUUUAUAAAUUAGACUCUUUGUUACAUUUAAUCAAGUUCAUGUUACAAUCAAAAACGGAAAAACCUAUAGAUUUUUCAAAAACACAUACUUUUCUGAAAAAAAUUACAGAUUCAUUACCGAGAUGUGAUUUUUGUGGAAAUCAAUUAGACGAGGCUACAAUGUCCGAGGGAUCAAAGAACGGAAAGUUGAUAUGUCAAAAUUGUAAAGAUCCCGACGAAUGGUCAUCCAUAGAUACCUCUUCAUCAAAUUCACAGGAAUUCAAUUCGUCCACUUCGUCAACAGGAACAUCAUUAUUUCCUGGCAAAUUUCAUCAACGUACCUUGUCAAACAUUUCAAUGCAUUUAUCUGAUUAUAUUCAACAUCAACUUUCUAAUUCUUUAGACAAUGUUGACAUUAGCGCGGAAGAAAAAUCAAACGUAUGGCACUGGGCUACUGAUUACGUUAAAUUGUUGGAUAGUGCUAGGGAUUGUAUUACCUUUGACGUCAGGGAAACGAGGAGAUAUAUUUAUUUAACAGUAGUAACACACAAUCAUAUGAUCCAUUUGUUUAGUUGUGAUAUUUGUACCAAAAAUUCUCCCGAUUUUAAAUUUGAGUUGGCACAAACUUUUUGGGUUCCAGAAAUUCCAGAAUUUCUUAGCGUAUCAACCGAUAAUUAUGUAAUCAACAAAAUUUAUACAAUCAUAGAUGGUAAAGCGGCAUUCAUUGAUGCUCACUCAAGUGUAGUAACGGAAAUUACCAUGUCAAAGAGUCUAAUCCCAAGAUUCGAGGAGAAUCCGGCUUGGCGAAAUUUUAUUCCACUUCCAAGCACAUGUUCAUUAGACUUUCUAAUUCGAAAUCCUACAGAAUUUGAAUUGCCAAUUUCCGUUAUCCCUUUAUCCCCGACCACUAAAGUUCCUCCAAUACCUCCAAUGCCACCAACUCCUACAUCACCCCCCAUAAUUUCACCACCUUCAAUAUUAAUGAAUCACAUAAAAUUCAGUGACAAUUUCAGAAAUAAUCCAUUAAGGAGAUCAACGCACAGAAAUCGUAGAAGUGUUGACUUUGUAUCAGAUGGUAUUCCUUCCAACAAAAAAUCACGUCGACAAUCGUCCGGCAUGAUGAAUCAUGAAACUUUAAAUUUAGAGUCUUCACCAUUAGGUGUUGUAGCUUCCAUGAUCCAACAAAAUAAGCAAGAACAAUCACAACCUAUCAGUGAUUUAAUUUCUCCACCAAUCUCACCUAAAUUUGCUAAUUUAUCUGACAUCACAUCACAACAAGGAACCAUAUCGGUUAUUCAAGUUCAAACUGCUACAUUUGAUUAUGCUCCAUUUCCGGCUCCUCCUCAAACACUACCAAACAAAACUAAUUCAAGAGAAUCAUUAUCUUUUAAUCAAUCAACGAAUACUCCUCAUUCAGAAUAUCACAGUAGGACAAAACCAGAAGUUCCGAUAGAAGUACCAUUACCAUCGACUCUAUUCCUUGCGACCGUGCAUAAUAUUUCUUAUUUAGUCAAUGGUAAUGGCGAAUCAUACAAAUAUCAUCAUCCAAUACGAUGGUCUUCACCUCCAAACGAAAUUUCAUUAUUACCUAGUUUUGAUGAUGUUUUUGUAAUAGGAUUUCUAAAUACUACUAUUGAAUUGGCUUCGAUGAAAACUGGUGAAAUUAUAAGAAAGGUUGUAAAUGGUUGUCCUGUAAAUUUUUUAGGUAAUACUUGGAGAAAGAAUGAUAUCAUUAAACAAAGGAGAACGUCGAAAUUUAAUAAAAAAUAUGAAUUUGAUAGCGGAAUGAGAAGGAAUGUUUUCUGGACUUGUAAAUUGGGCGAAACGUAUUAUUUUUAUCGUGGUAGAGUUAUUGACAAAGAAAAUUAA